CUUUGAGGUCAAAUGUCACUCUUCACGCGGUCGUCUCGGAUAAUCGUCAGUGCAGUUCGCAAUGCAUCGAACGCGGCACGAAGCAAAGUGUUCCUCGAUGUCAAUAUUGGUGACAAACCAGCUGGAAAGAUUACAAUAGAGCUGUUCAAUGAUGUCGUACCAAAAACCGCAGAGAAUUUCCGAGCGCUUUGCACUGGAGAGAAAGGCAAGGGAAAAAGUGGCAAGCCUUUGCAUUAUAAGGGCUCCACUUUCCAUCGCGUUAUACCGCAAUUUAUGAUUCAGGGUGGCGAUUUCACCCUUGGUGAUGGUCGAGGUGGCGAGUCCAUUUAUGGCCACAAGUUUGAGGAUGAGAACUUCAAAUUGCACCACAACGGUCUUGGAUGCCUAUCUAUGGCUAAUGCGGGCCCUAAUACCAAUGGAAGCCAAUUCUUCAUCUGCACUGCGGAAACACCUUGGCUGGAUGGCAAACAUGUAGUGUUUGGCCAAGUUACUGAUGGUAUAAGUGUUGUGAAGAAGAUUGAAUCUAUGGGCUCGCAGUCAGGAAAACCCAAAGAAAAGAUCACCAUCGUUGAGUGUGGCGAACUGAAGAAGGAGGGCUAGGUUCGAGGAUACUCAUUAACGUAGGUACUAGCUGUUUGUUGACAAUGUUUUCACGUUGUUACUGCCAUUGUUAGGAUAGUUUGAUCACGGAUUUGUUAUAUCUGCUUUUUAAACAUAAACUGAUGCUCAAAAUUGUUAUUUCUGACUACUGAC